CAAGAAGAAGAAGAAGAAGCAGCCGCAGCGAAGUAUCAGAGUUGGGACAAAAACAGUCCACUUCAAAAACAGUCCACUUCCGUCCUCCCGGACAGCAUUUUAAUUGGACUAUUAAAAAGGCAUCAAGUCCAUACAGCUAAAACAGCAAGGUCUCGCUUCGGCGCUGAAGUGCAUUUCGCUCGUUUUCCUGUUCUUCUAGCUUAGCCUGUUAGCUUAGCAGGACACCCCCUCACCGUUUCCGUGUGUUACCACCAGGAACGAAGAGAUUCGCCCGGAGCUGCACGGAAACUGACCUGGGCUUUCCUUAACAAACGCGGCUGCACGUCUCGGAUUCAACUGUGGCUUUUGCACGUAAAGUUUUGACUAAAAGAGCAACAAAAAUCAUUCUGCAAAACAAGGAAGUCUGAAUGAACUUUGUUGCUAGCACCCUGCUAGCCCUGUAGCUGCAUUGACUAAUUGUGCUGCUUCAAGGGGGAGGUGGGGUGUCCGUGCAGCCUCCUCGCCCGUCCUCCGGUGCUGAUAUUGAUUAUCUGCGAGAGCUUCUGGCCGUACAAUAGAUAUUUCGAUCGCUAUCUAACGGAACCGUCCGGGUCGAAACGCUUCAGAGAUGAUUCCCGACAAAGCCCCGAAGGAAGACGUCUUCCAUGGGUCCGAAGACCUGAAGAAGAAGGCUCACGUCCCCAGCUUUGAGAAAUAUAAAGAGCUUUACACGAAAUCUAUAGAAAAUCCAGACGAGUUCUGGUUAAACAUCGCCAAAGAUUUCUUCUGGAAGACCAAACACACCGGUCAGUUCCUCGACUACAACUUCGACGUGACCAAAGGAGAAAUCUUUGUCAAGUGUAUGGAUGGAGCCUCCACCAACAUCAGCUACAACCUCCUCGACCGCAAUGUCCACGAGAAGAAACUGGGCGAUAAAGUGGCCUUCUACUGGGAAGGCAAUGAGCCUGGUGAUGAGUUGACGGUGACCUACAGAGAGCUGCUGCAGAGGGUCUGUCAGUUUGCCAACGUCCUGAAGUCUCAGGGAGUGAAGAAGGGCGACCGUGUGUCCAUUUACAUGCCCAUGGUGGUUGAACUGGUGGUAGCCAUGUUGGCCUGCGUCCGCAUCGGAGCUGUUCACUCCAUAGUGUUUGCAGGUUUCUCUGCUGAGUCUCUGUGUGAGAGGAUCCUGGACUCCCAGUGCUCGCUGCUCAUCACAGCAGAUGGUUUCUAUCGAGGAGAUAAGCUGAUCAACCUGAAGCUCUUGGCUGACGAGGCGCUGCAGAAAUGUAGAGACAAGGGUUUCCCAGUGGAGAAGUGUAUAAUGCUGAAGCACUUGUCCAAGGAAGCAGACGAGACUUCCCUGGGCUCUCAGUCUCCUCCGGCCAAACGAUCCUGUCCCGACCUGCAGCAGGAGAAUCAGACAGGGAGAGUAAAGAAAACGCGUCCUGUUCCGCAGGUCCCGUGGAACCCGGAGGUGGACCUGUGCUGGCACGCUCUGAUACGAGGAGCUUCGGACGAGUGUGAACCAGAGUGGUGCGAGUCUGAAGAUCCUCUCUUCAUCCUCUACACCAGCGGCUCAACCGGCAAACCAAAGGGAGUUCUUCACACAGUCAGCGGCUACAUGCUCUACACCGCCACCACCUUCAAACUGGUGUUUGACAGCCAGCCUGAUGACAUUUACUGGUGCACGGCAGACAUCGGUUGGAUCACCGGACACUCCUACAUCACUUACGGCCCUCUGGCUAACGGGGCCACCAGCGUCCUGUUCGAGGGGCUGCCUACCUACCCAGACGUCGGCCGUAUGUGGGAGAUCGUGGACAAAUAUCACGUGACCAAGUUCUACACGGCUCCAACCGCCAUCAGACUGCUGAUGAAGUAUGGCAGCGAGCCGGUGCAGAAAGCCGGGGAUUCAAACUGUGAGCUGUGCUUCCCCCUGGGUGGACACGUGUUAACUCCUCUACCUGCAGCCACACCCACGAAACCUGGAUCUGCUACGUUCCCGUUCUUUGGAGUGGUGCCGGCCAUCUUGAAUGAGUCAGGAGAGGAGCUGGAGGGGCCAAGUGAAGGAUACCUGGUUUUCAAACAGCCGUGGCCCGGCCUGAUGAGAACGGUGUACGGAAACCAUCAGAGGUUUGAGACCGUCUACUUCAAGAAGUUCCCGGGAUACUACGUCACGGGAGACGGUUGCCGCAGAGACAAGGACGGCUACUAUUGGAUAACGGGGAGGAUAGACGACAUGCUGAACGUCUCAGGUCACUUGUUGAGCACAGCGGAGGUGGAGUCGGCGCUGGUGGAGCACGAGGCCGUCGCCGAGGCUGCUGUGGUGGGCAAACCGCAUCCCGUCAAAGGGGAAAGCCUCUACUGCUUCGUAACCCUCAAUGACGGAGUGACGUACAGCCGCACGCUGGAGGCAGAGCUCAGAAAACAAGUAAGGGAGAAGAUCGGGGCCAUCGCUACGCCGGACUACAUCCAGAACGCCCCAGGACUCCCCAAGACCCGAUCUGGUAAGAUUAUGCGAAGGGUGCUCCGCAAAAUCGCCAACGACGAACGGGACCUGGGCGACAUCUCCACGCUGGCCGACGACUCUGUCGUCGAGCAGCUCUUCCAGAACAGAUGCUGCAGCGCCGUGUGACGGCCUCCAGGAUCCUCGAGGGGGGGGGGGUUCCCGACUGCAGCCGCACGCCAGCGGCCACAAACUCAACCAGAGAAGAAGAAGAAGAAGAGGAGGAUGAGGAGGAAGAGGAGAAGGGGGAGGAGUAGGAGGAGGAAAAUUUCCACGAACUUGGUCUUGUCCAGCAAACAUACUCUAAGUCCUGAUGAGGAUGAGCUCUGUUCAGCUCAGCCCGUAUUUAAAGCGACGCCACUAUUUUAUAUGUAAGAAAAAUCUGCAGCAGGUAGCGACACAACAUCUGCCUGGUUAGUAGUAGAUAUUUCCCACUUCUGUUGCAGUAAAAACAAAUGAAUUGAACGACCACAAACAACAUCCAGGAGUUGAUAAGCGCAUCAGUCUGUGGGCUUCAAUGUUUCCCAGAAGUUGACAGAGUUGCGGCCCUUAAAAGACACACGGCAGGGGAGCAGGCAGCCAGAGGUUGUUUUUUGGGUAAGACCGUCCUGCGGUGGAGGUAGAGAGGUGGAGCUGGGUAACAUUUCAUCUGGUUUCAUCCUGGUGUUUUAGCCUAUAAUACACAGCAAUAUCUUAUAUAUAACUGCUCAGUAAAAGUAUACAAUACAGUAGUGUUCCUGUGGUUAAAGGACGACUUUCUACACUGGAAUAAGGCUCAUGUGAAGUGCUACCUGUAGUCAAUAUAACAAGUCGUCUCCUCCCCUCACUCGAUGCCAUAGUACUGUUAUGUACACUGAUGAUUAGCUCAGUUUGAGAACGCUCAACAUUUCUACUAGUUUUAAUUUCUGUUGUAAUUUUCUAAAAGGUAUGUAGAUCUGAGUCUUUUUUUUUUUUUUUUUUUAAUCU